AUGGACAAGCGAUGGCGAGGAUGCGACGAAAGAUGCCCUUCAUCCACCUACCUCGGCUACGCCGCGAUAGACAUCAUCGAUCGACCUCAUGCACCGCCUGCGAAGCCAACCAGCAAGGCUCGACGAGCUCAAUUGCCAUGCGAGUCAGUCUACCUGCUUCGCACUCCAUCGCCUGGGUCACCCAUCUUUACGGUCGAGCGAAUCGCACCGCCAACCCAAAGCUGCUAUAGCAGCCGUGCUACCCUACAACGCUGCACCUUACAGGCCGACGAUCGACCUGGAACCCUCGUCCGACCCAUUCGUGGCACCGACACAUGCCUGCAGGCUCCCGUCUACCAGCUUCACAGGAAGCCUCACACCGACCCUUCGUCUGAAGCAGCUACGGCUUCGGCGUUGAUAUCCGAUUCGUUCGACAUCGCAAUCGAUAAACAAUCAGGCACGCACCUGCGCCAAAACUCGCUGCGUGAUCAGCUCAAAUCUUCUCACGAUCCCCGCUCCACAUUCACCUUCUUAACGUCUCAGAUACGACAUCCUCUUCGCCGUAUCCCUGGCUGUUCACUGACGUUUAGCUCGCUAGGUCAGUCCAGUUAA